AUGGCUGAUCCUCAGUGGUACCGUCCUCAACCAAUAGACAUUCUUAUUGGGGGCCAGCAUUAUUGGGAUUUGGUCUUGGAUCGCACAAUUCGCAUGGGCCCUGGUCUUCCAGUACUCAAACAGAGCGUAUUUGGAUGGCUCGUAGUUGGAGAAAUCGGACCGAUUCCAGCUGCUCAAGUGUCAACUCAAAGUUGUUGCAUGACCACACUGGAAAGUAUCGACAACACUCUCAAACGUUUCUGGGAAAUUAAGGAUGCAGCAGGUCCAGCGGAAAGAAAAGAUGAAGAUGAACAGGCUGAAAAGAUCUACCAAGAAACUAUUACUCGAGAUGAGACAGGGAGAUUCAUCGUUCAUCUGCCCCUUACCAAAAGGGUACAAGACUUGCCUUCAAACAAACCAAAUGCGGCAAGACAGCUCUAUUUCUUAGAGAGGAAGCUCAGAGCAUCUCCAGACUUGAGAGCCAAAUAUGAGGGAGUUUUUGCUGAGUACCAAGCUUUACGCAUUAUUGAAAAGGUACCGAAGGAUGAGAUCGAUCGCAAGGCCUAUUAUUUACCAUACCAUGGGGUGUACAAGGAGAGUUCCACAACGACGAAAUUGAGAGUGGUAUUCAACGCCAGCUCCAAGAGCAAGAACGGUCUAAGUCUCAAUGAUACACUCCUGACCGGGCCACUUACUCAACCGCCAUUAAUAGAAACACUUUGGAGGUUUCGCCAACAUCAAUGGGCUUUGACAUGCGACAUCACCAAGAUGUAUUUGCAGUUCUUGGUGACACCAGAGCAGAGAGAUUACCAUAGAUUCCUCUGGAGAACUCACAAGUUAGGCGAAGUUGAGGAAUAUCGAUUCCGAACCCUAUGUUUCGGUGUUGCGUCAUCACCUUAUUUGGCCACAAGAUCAUUGAUACAGCUAGCCUCUGAAGAUGGAGACAAAUUCCCAGCAGCCCAGGAAACAAUUCGUUCAUCAUUCUACGUGGAUGACUGUUUGGUAUCAGCAGAUUCCAUAGAACAACUCCAACAAAUCAAGAGCGAAUUGAUAGAGCUUCUGGCUGGUGCUGGCCUACAGCUCAACAAAUGGACAUCCAACGCGCCCAGUCUUUGCGGUAGCGGGCAAGCCAAAGAUGUCACCGCAAAUGUAGCUGAUAAUGAACCAGUGAAGACCCUAGGCCUGCUGUGGAACCUCUUAAUCUGA